AUGCCCGUCGAAAUUCUUGAGGCUAUUGCCAUUCUACUAAAACCAUCCGAGUUUCGCGCCCUCCGACUUGCCUGUAGAGAUAUUUAUGAGAGUACAACCCACUCCUUUGGGCGGGAAUUUCUAAAAACAGUGCACUUCGACCUUUCUCAAAAUGCAAUCGAACGCCUGUCAAAGAUUGCAGAAAACCCUCAUCUAAGGCAGCACGUUCAGCUGCUGGUCAUCCAGGAACCUGAAGACAACUUGUUUGGACGUGGAAUUUCAUGGACAAGAGAUUCUUCUGGUCAUCUUGCUGUACCUGAAAAAGCAGUUCAGCAGUGGCAAACGGUGCUAAGUCGCCUAGUGAAUUGUAAAGGAUUUGAGAUACGUCGCGAGCAUUCCUUUGAAACUUCCGAUCUUUCCGGUCUUAGGUCCAGUGAGGCUAUUGCAGUCGUUCUUGGUAUUAUUGCCGAGGCAUCUAUCCCCGUGUCAGCUUUUGCCAUUCAUUUCAAACCCAAGGGAACGAUAGGCAGCAACCACGUGGAAAUGGAGUGCCUUAGCUCCCUAGAUCUCGGAAAGCAAGGAUUUAUCGCCGCAUGGGCCCAUGUGCAAGACCUCAGCCUUCAAUAUACGAUGGGAUCAGAUGAUGCGAGCGAAGCUUUACAGACCGCCGACUGGACCAUCGAAUUGGUGCAAUAUGCCACAAGGCUCAUUAAGUUGGAUCUUAACUUCGACCUUGGGGACCAAGCAGAUUCGAUUAUCCGCCGCCUAUCCACUCUCAAUUCAUUGUGUCAACUUCAAGAGCUGACGUUGGAAAGCUUCAGCCUGGUAUCCGAGGAAGCCCUUCCAGAAUUCUUGUACAUGGUUCGCAAAAGUCUACAAACUGUAUCAUUCUCCUCUUCUACACUGCCUGGUGGAUGCUGGAUUUCAAUUUUAAAAUGUUUGGGUAGUGAAUUCCCAUCGCUGAAGAGCAUCAACUUGCAAUUCCUGAGAGGAACAGAUCAAGGUCUACUUCAUUUCCCCCGACUCUCGGAAAGUCCAGAUGUUGACGAGGGCACAAGCUUUACUGUUGAACAAAAAAUGCGCCGCAGGGGGCUUUUGAACACGACUGUUGGCUACUCGGGCCCGAGUAUGGGUAAAGCGAUUUCGAUCCUUGUGGAAUGUGCUACCUUCGACUAA